CUGUGGUUGGCAAGGAGUGGUGGAAGUGGUAACAAGGAGGAAGUGAGAUGAAGGUUGCCCCAAUGGAGUGGAUGCAUUCUUAAACACCUGCCAGAUCCAGGGCUUUCCUGGGGCAUAUUUACACUAAACUACACUAUCUGGUGUAGAUGAGCCCCUAAUCUGCUUUUCAUGCACUCUAUAGUGAAGUAACUUAUUGUAGUUACUACUCAAAGGGCUGAAAAUUUCACCCUUUCAUGAAAAUUUGAUGAAGUUGCCCUGGUAUGCAUUCUUAGUUUCUCAUUCUCACCUUCAGAUUACCUCCACUGAAUCUGUGUUUGCCUCAUCCUUCCAUUCUGCUACAGUUCCCUAUGAUUUGAUGAAAAUUGUUCAAUGGAGUAUCCAUUGAAUCUUUGGUGGGUUGCAUUAUGAAACUGGAAAAAGCUCAAAGAAAUGGCUACAGUCAUAUAUGUGAAAGUGUAAUGGAUCAUAUUGUCAAAAUGCCUGGGGAGUCAGGAAGACAAACAUCUUUUAGUGCACCACCUAUUUUAACAACCCAUGAGGCUAUCAAACAUAGUGAGAACACCCAGACAGCAACAUCAUUUAACAAGAUUGCUUUUAAAGAAAUAUUGGACAAGAGGCCACUGAGACCAUAUUCUGACACAUGCCAGUCUACAAGGAGCAUAAACUAUGGUGAUGAGAAGAAGCAAUCAGAUGUAUCACAACCAAUACUAUGUGGCAAGGAAAGAGAAAAAAUGUGGCUAAGUGAUGUAUUUACCAAGGUUGGACCACUGAGUAAAGCUAUGGAACAGAAAAGAAAUAAACAAGAGCAAUCCAUUGGCAGCAGCAAUUUACUUGGAUUAUCCUCAAGCAAUCAGGGGAAGAAUGCCUGGCUUCCGAAAAAUCACAAGGGAAAGAUGUAUCAAGACUGGAGAGGGGUAAUAGUAUCAGAGACCACAACUCCCUACACAAUGCUCAGCUAUAAGGAACAUCAAGAAAGAUUAAAUAGUAUUACAAGAAGAAAAAGAACCAAGAUGCCACAUCCGCCAAGUAGCAGACUGGAAAGGCACCAGCAGGAGACUAAACUCCAUGGAAAGAAACCUUACAGUAAAAGAGCUGCUUUAAAUUUUGUUACUGAGAAGGUCAAAAGGAUUGGGCCACACCUUGAAAUCUUUGAAGCUUUCACACACCAACGAAAGCCACCUGCAAAGGAAGUACAGGCUUCUGCUGCCGUUUGUCUUCAGAAAAGUGUCAGAGGAUGGCUUGAACGUGUCCAAUACAACAGAUUACAAAUGAAGGCUAGGAACCAUGGGCCAAGUUUAUCAGCUGUUGUAAGGGAAUACCGUAAAAUGAUGGCUCGCAUAAAACGCCGAAGUGGGAUCUUGGAUGUAAGCACACCAUUAGUAUUUGAAGAACUAGAAGACUGGCUUGACAAGAAACAGUUGUUUGAAACCAUGUAUACAAAGAGAGUGCAAUUGAAAGAGUUCGAUCAGAAUGAACUUCCCAAGUUUUUCAGAGAUUGUGGCCGUUUUCCAUCUCAGAGUGAAAUAAACAAUGUUUUGAAAUUGAUCUUAGAAGGCUCUGAAAUGAAGUUAGCAAGCAUCAGUAAGAACCAAGCAGUUGAAAUGGCCUUCAUGUUGUAUCCUCCUCGUGGUUUCAAACUACCAACUGCAGCUAUUCAAAGGUCAACCUGGCGGAAUCCAAUCAUUGAUGGAGAAGAUGGUUACAAAUAUUUAAAGAAAGGACAUCCAGCUCUAAAGAAAACUGAUUUUCGAGUUGCUGCAGCUUUAGUGGCUACAUCAAUGCGAGAGAGGAAGAAGAAAGAGCAGGAGAUGAUGGCAUCACUUUCCACCAAUUAAUGCAAGAUGAUUGAAUGGCACCCUCUGAAAGAUUAUGAUGAUAUUCAAUUGUAGCCUUACUUCUAACUUCAGUUUGCAUUCAAGAAAUGUCUUAACAGGAAAGUGAUUCCUUUUUAUAGAGUCUGAUGUGGACAGAAGACAAUACAAACACCAGUCCAUGCUGUACAUAGCAUUCUUGCAUGGUUAAAAACAGUAUAAUUAGGAUUUGGAAACCUGCUGAGUAAAAACUCCACUACUUAUUUGCGGCAGAAAAACCUUUUGUGUUUGGCUUACUGUAUGGUUGAGUAUACCAUAAAAUGAAAUAAACACGUCAGUGCUUUGGAUGCAAAAUCAUACAA